UUGAUAAUGAACAUCCUUCUCUCUCUCUCUUACCUUCAUCUCCCGACCCCUUGAGGUUGACCUAAUGAUGCGAUCUUUUGAAGACGAUCCCCUCACUCGAGCCAUUCUCCCACCUCUAAACGAAUCCCCCGAAGCGCGUCAUGCAAGAGAGCGAGCCGAGGCUGAAGCCAAGAACAUCAGUGACGAGAUUGAUGAACAGAUCAGGAGGGAGCGAGAGAGUGAUAGGAGGAAGAAGAAGCCAGUUAAGCUACUUCUACUAGGUCAAAGUGAAAGUGGAAAAACUGCAACACUGAAGAACUUUCAACUUACGUAUGGCCACAAGGAAUGGGCGCAAGAACGUUCAGCGUGGAAGAUGGUUAUAUUCUUCAAUCUCGUCAGGAAUGUCAACACUAUCAUGGACAUUUUGGCUCGCGAAAUGUCUAAUUCCGCACACGCAACAGACAGCGAUGAAUCAUCGGACGAAGCACGAUUUGGCAACUCUCCGCUGGCAUUCAAAGAAAAGCAUCGACUGCUGAAACUCCGAUUGGGCCCACUCCGUCGAAUACAAACAGACCUUGAGCGGCGUCUCGGAUCUAGUGCUGUCGAGCCUGUCUCCACUUCAGUGUACACAGCCGCCCCUUUCGGAAACAGUACACGCUCCGAUGGCGGGACGCUCCGACAUGAAUUCUACAUUAAUUCCAAUAAUGGCUGGAAAUCUGCACUUGACAAGGUCAAAGUGACCAUGCGUCCCGGGCGGGCUGAUAUUGCAUCUGACUCGCUUCGCAAAAUACGUGGUGUCGACGAUGAGAUUUCCGAAGUGAUCGCUGGGUGUAGAGAUGAUAUGAAGGCAAUAUGGGAAGAUACGACCAUUCGUAAGAUGUUGACAGUUACCAAGACGAAAAUGGAAGAGUCUCCGGGAUUCUUCCUUAAUGAUGUUGAACGAAUCGCAGUGAACGAUUAUGAGCCGACAGACGACGAUAUCAUCCGUGCACGGUUGAGAACAUUAGGAGUGCAAGAGUAUAGAAUAACUUUCGAUCACGGUCGAUCGGUAGGUCAGGAAUGGCGGUUAUAUGACGUUGGGGGUACUCGAAGCUGUCGCGCCGCCUGGUAUCCGUAUUUUGAAGACGUACAUGCCAUCAUUUUCCUUGCUCCAAUCUCGUGUUUUGACGAAAAAUUAGCUGAGGACCGGCGGAUAAACCGACUGGAAGACAGCUAUCUCCUGUGGCGCUCGGUUUGUUCAUGCCAGUUACUCGCCCGGACUCAACUUAUUUUAUUCUUAAACAAAACCGAUCUGCUAGAGAAAAAGCUAAUGGGUGGUGUUCGAGUACGAGACCAUGUUCCUAGCUUUGGGGAUCGCAACAAUGAUCUUCCUUCGGCCGCAAGAUAUUUCCAAGCACACUUCCGCGAUAUCUUGAAACAACAUUCACCUAUCCAGCGUCCAUUUAUUGUUCAUCUUACCUCUGUCAUCGAUACCCGUGCCACUGCAGUCACAUUAGCGGCUGUGGAGGAAUCCGUUCUACGCCACAAUCUGCGCCGCGCCGAUCUCAUGUAAAGGCAGUCUGGCGUUGAUGAUGUUCUAUGGUUCGCUUCAGUGCGCGCUCGUUGUUUUGUGGGUUGGUGUCCUUAUCGAUCUAUACUACUGUUCCCGCUUGCUUGCUGCGUUCCGACAUUCCUUUUUGCUGUCGCACUAAUUGUAACACUAGAAAUUUCGAGCUUUUCAGGCCAUGAUGAUAUGGACUUUUUUACAUCGUUGUUCGCUUUUUGAACUUGCACUUCUUCAGAUAUCAUUCAUCUUUGAAGAGUUUUGUCUAUCUUAUACUUUGCAUUUCUUUCAUUUAUUCGAUCAUGUCGUUUGCUCGCAAGACCUAUUUAUGUACUAUACGAUAUCUUUAUCUUUCCCUGUUAUUGUAUCUCCACAUAACAUUGAUUUACUCGCUAUUAUUUAUGAUAUCUGUACUCUAAAUGAUACUUGAAACCGCUCGUUUCACAA